CGGCCUCUGAGCUAGUGCGGGGACCGCCCAUUCGGAGCUCGCUUGCUGUCGGGAUCCUGGGCUGCGCGGCUGCGGGAAGCUGGUGGCCUUGGGAAGGCUUGGGCUAAGCGCAGCGGGAGCCGGAGGAGCCAAGGGCCUCUUGGUCUGGAAGCUGACAUGCAGCACGGUUGCCUUCUCUUCAGGCAGCAGACUUAUGAGCCAAGAAGUACGACUAGAGUUUGAUGUUUGUGUCUGCUUCUCCAAGGUUAAGGAAUUAGCUCCUUAGAAGGCAACAGUACUAUGCAUGUUAUGAAUUGUGUCUCCCUGGCCAGCGAUAAAGAAAAUGGGACUCUUGCCAAAGCAGCUGCAUUCAUGACUGGGCAGACGUCACCCUCUGCAUCUCCUCCACCUCCUCCUCCACCGCCUCCACCUCCACCUUGUCCACAUUCAGGGGAGGGCUUUCCCCCCUCCCCUCCUCCUCCUCUGCCACCUCCACUUCCUGGGGGACCUCCCGUCCCCCCUCCUCCUCCUCCAGGACUACCCCCAGUUUCUUACCUGAAUGGCUACAGCUCCCUGGGUAAGAAGAAACGAAUGCGAAGCUUUUUCUGGAAAACCAUUCCAGAGGAGCAAGUUCGAGGCAAGACCAACAUCUGGACCUUAGCAGCCAAACAACAACAUCACUACCAGAUCGACAAGAAGACCGUUGAGGAGCUUUUUGGGCAACAAGAAGACACCUCCAAGGCUUCUCUCCCCAAGAGAGGAGGCGCUUUGAAUUCGUCCUUCAGAGAUGCCCGGGAAGAGAUUACCGUCUUGGAUGCAAAGCGAAGUAUGAACGUUGGCAUAUUUCUUAAGCAGUUUAAAAAGUCUCCUCAGUCCAUCGUAGAGGAUAUCCAUCAAGGAAAGAGUGAGCAUUACGGGUCAGAGACGCUUCGAGAAAUCCUUAAGCUUUUGCCAGAGUCAGAAGAGGUAAAGAAAUUAAAGACAUUCAACGGCGAUGUGUCCAAGCUUUCUCUGGCAGAUUCCUUUCUGUACUGCUUGAUUCAGGUGCCAAACUAUUCACUUCGGAUUGAAGCCAUGGUGCUGAAAAAAGAAUUCUUGCCAUCUUGCUCUUCUCUGUACAAGGACAUAACAAUUCUGAGAGCUGCCAUGAAAGAGCUGAUGUUAUGUGAGGAGCUACAUUCAAUAUUACACUUGGUGCUCCAGGCUGGGAAUAUCAUGAAUGCCGGAGGGUAUGCUGGAAAUGCCGUAGGAUUUAAACUGUCUUCUCUACUCAAAUUGGCCGACACAAAGGCCAACAAACCUGGAAUGAAUCUUCUGCAUUUUGUAGCUCAGGAAGCCCAGAAGCAAGAUGCCAUCCUUCUAAACUUUUCUGAGAGGUUGCAGCAUGUGCAAGAGACGUCGAGAUUAUCUCUGGACAUCACCGAGGCAGAGCUGCACUCGCUCUUUGUCAGAACGAAAUCUCUGCAGGAAAACAUCCAGCGGGACCAGGAGCUGUGUCAUCAGAUGGAAGACUUCCUUCAGUUUGCUGUGGAAAAGUUGGCGGAGCUGGAACUCUGGAAACGGGAGCUGCAGGCUGAGGCUCACACCCUUAUAGAUUUUUUCUGUGAAGACAAAGAAACCAUGAAACUGGAUGAGUGCUUCCAGAUAUUCAGAGACUUCUGUACCAGAUUCAACAAAGCAGUUAAGGACAAUCAUGACCGGGAGGAACAGGAGCGGAAGCAGCUACAGAGGCUAAAGGAGCUAGAACAGAAGCGGCAUUCCUGGACAACUGGGGAACUCGGGGGCUUUGGCAGGAGCAGCAGCGAGAACGACGUGCAGAUGCUAGGUAAGAAGGGCACAGAAGACCUGCCCUCCUUCCUGAAGCCCAGGCCCAACAGCCCCUCCUACCGGCCCCCCAACACCCGUCGCUCCCGCCUCUCCCUGGGCAUCUCUGCUGACCGUGAGCUUUUGACCUUCUUGGAGAGUACCACCAACAGUCCAGAGGACCCCAACAAAUUCAACAGUUUGCCCCGGAGCAGUCCCCGGCAAACUCGGCCCACCAUUGCCUGGAUGGAACCCAGAGAACAACAGAACCAUGGCCCUAACUUUACACAUGAACCUCAGGCCUCAAAGAACCAGGAGAAAGCCCCUCACCCUGCUUGGCAAAAUCGACUUCCAACACCCUGGCUGGAGGAACCCGCUUCUCCUUUUCCACUAGCUGGGCGGAGCAGGCCAAGCCUCCGAAAAAGGAACAGUGAACCUGUGGGCUUGGGACCCGCACAAAGCCCUCCACUCUUACCAUUAGAUCUGGGCAUUAGGGAGCAUGAAUUGGUCACAGGUCUGACCCAGUUUGACCUCCAGAGUCCCAAGAGCCCGGAGGAAGCAUCCCAGCUGACUCUGAAUGACUUCUGUCCCACAAAGCUGCAAUCUCCAGGGGAUAGGAGUUCACAGCCCUUUGAUGCUGGCGGUGACAGCCUCCCACCCAAGGACACAGAUCCCCAGGAGGUUCUCAGCCCAGCUGGGGAGGAUGACAGGGAUAUCACUGGUGAACCCAGCAGUGAGGCUCUCGUGUCUGUGGUUGUCACCGACACUGAAGAUAGAGAUCCUGGAUCUCUGUUGUAUGUCUCAGAUACCACAGACUGCUCGUUGACUCUGGACUGCUCCGAGGGAACGGACUCCAGACCAGGAGGAGACAAGCAAGAAGAAGAGAAGGAAGGGGAUGGCUCGGUGUCCUCUGUGGCUGGCGAGGCAGGAAGUAGCCAGAUUUCCUCCAAUCCUGUUUCCAGUACCCCUGGGGAGGUUCCUACUCCAAAAUCCAGUAAGAGCGAGCCCAGCUGCCAAGGUGGCCUUCCGAAGGACAGACCCAGCAGAGGGAAGGAUGCCAUGGCACCAAAGAGAAAUUCCUUCAAAGAGACAUCAGUGGGGGCUUCGAAGCCUGUCAGUGCCCGCCGCAGCCAAGGGGUAGCACCCAAGCCUGUGCGAACCUUGAACUCCUCCGAGAACGAGCAUAUGCGCAAGGUGGUCCCCAUCUCUAAGUCCAGCAGGGGAGCAGGGCCCUGGAAGCGGCCGGAACUGACAUCCAGGAUUACCCCUCGAGAGACACCCAGCAGCACAGACACACAGCUAUCAAGGAGGAGCUCAGUCCGGGGAACUUCAGACACUUCGCCCAGGAGGCCCCAGGUGAGUGGUUCUGGGGCAGAGGAGCCCAGGCUGCCCCGCUCAAGUGGCAGCAUCAGUGGACGGCCAGGGAAGGAACCCCUGCUGCAGCCCAGAGCUUCAUUCAGGAAGCCCAGUGCCAAGCCCCUCAGAAACAUUCCCAGGCAGAAACCUGAAGAAAACAAGGUCAGUAGCCCCAACUCGAGAGACCCUGAGAGUCCCAAGGAAGAGCCCAAGGCUCCUCAGGCUCCGGGUGUCUCUAGAGCCCUUCCCCCCAUCCCAAGUUUUGCUCGAAAUACGGUGGCCUCAUCAUCUCGGAGCAUGCGAACGGAUGCUCCACCCGCGGCCAGAGCCACUGGCCUCACCAGGACCGUCUCCCAGCGGCAGCUUAGGGUCAAAGGUGGCUCCGAGGAUUCUGGCUCCAAGGACAGUGGCACUUUGAAGAGGGCCAGCAGCGCUCGGGCCUCCAAGAAGUGUCCUGAAUCUACUGGGGGUUCAAGUGCCAAUGUAGAAACCCCACUGAAGGGCAGAGGGACUACGGAAAGAUCCUCUCUCAGACUGAAGGACUCGGGGCAGGCCACCCUCGGGAGGAUCCUCCAUCCCCUGCAGAAAUGAUGAAGCCUGUUUGCUUCUCUGCCUUGUGGGAUUUUAGCUGCCAGGACUGGCUGCUGGGGGGAGGACACAGAGGCCAGUCUUAAACGUCUUGUUACACAUCAAGGAACUCACUGGUGCCACCUGGUUAAGGUCACGUCACUAAAGGUACACGGAAAGCUAUAGCCUGCUGUGCAGACUUCCACUUCGAAAUCAAAGCUGAGAGUAUCCUUAUUCUGCACAGGACUUUGUCAGGGGCUGGCACCUCCUGUCACUCAUACUCAGGACCCUAUCCCUAACUCCUGCCCCGAGACAAAGAUCCAAUAAUAGUCUGGACAUGUAAGAUGACAAUUCUUAUGUAACAAGUAAAGAAAAAUUUCUGGCCAGUUUUUAUAUAUCAAAGACUUAUUUUUUAAUAUUAUAAAAAUAAAAAGAUGUUUUAGUUCCUUUUUCAGAGUGAAAUGCCUCCCAGGGAUGGGGGGAAUUAUCCUUAGUAUGAAAAUGUUUGCACCUUCAUCCCCCAGCCCCUGCCUCUGGGUUCCAUCAGUGCAUAUGUAUGAGAACACACACCAUCCUGAGCCAACAGUGGCCUCUCACAAGCUCUUGGGUGGCUGUAGGGUUGAGUCUGUUUCCUCGAGAACUUUCUGGAUAGCUUGGGUUCUCCUCAAAUGACUCUGGGUGAGGAUUUUAUGUGACUAGGAGGGGUGUCAGAUUUGUAUGGGUAAAAGUCUGAUGUUACUGUGAGUUUAGGGGGGCCUCAAGGGUGUGAGGCCCAUGGGGGAGCCCAUGGCUAUAGGGAAGGUUGCUCUGAAGAUAGGGCUAGCUGUGUAGGGGGCUGGAUUGCCCACAGUCCAUGUCGUGUUCUAGUGAGAAGACAUCAGGGCUGCUCAGCCAAGCAUGUCCUCCCACUUGUGCAUCGAUGGCCACUCGCUCUGGAUGGAGAGGGAAAUGACCUUUUUUGUGGGUCAGUCUUCCUUCUUCCUGGGACUUUAGUGCCCCACCCCUGUUACUCUAUUUGGGUUGCUUUUAGAGACUGGAUCGCACUGUGUAGUCUAGGCUGGCCUCUUACUAGCAAUCCUCCUGCCUCAACUUCCUGAGUGCUGGGAUGAUAACAGGCACAAGGCACCAAGCCCAGCUUAGUGAUGACUUCUUGGUGUCAGCCUCUCAUCCUUGGUCCAUCGCUUUUUAAGUCCAAUUCAGAGGAGCCCAGUCAAGGUUGUUUGUUCAUUUUAAAUAGACUCUCAUCCCCCAAGAAACAUUGACUUCAGAAAUCCUAACACUGGGCAAAUUUGCACAGGAGAUAGGUAUUGUACAAACAGCAGUUUUACCCAAUGUUCGUUUCACUACUUCUUUAUUACACCCAGGAAAUAGAAAGAAAAAAAAAAAAGCCUGAAAUAAAAGCCCCGCCCUCUUCUCUCUGAUUCACUUCUUAGUGAAAUCUCACUUUAGAUCAGACACUGGUGAGUGGGUGAGCUAGGUCAACGUGUCACACGGUGUGGUGACUGCGGAUGCUGCUAUGGUCUCCUUUUGGGAAGCCUCUCCAUCUUUGUCUAAGAACUGAGCUGGUGCUCCUGAGCUGCAGGAGUUGAACAGUACAUCGGCAGAGAUAGGCUGCAGUCACCAUCUCUUGUUCAAAACAGCCCUGAGCAAGAAUGUCUGGGCAGCUAGGAAGCCCCUCAACAACCUGUUACCCUCUAGAACCCUCCAGAAUCAGACAGAUAAAACUUUCAAACAGAAAGCCUGUGAGUGGGUGGGAAUGGAUAAGAGAAGUCAUAUGCUUACGGAUUGGGGACGGUGAAUGAGUAGCCGCAUGAGAGGGCCCAGGGACCCAUCCUUUGCUGUAUUCCAACACCGUGUUGCAAGCAUCUACUCUCCCUAAGUGUCUGUCUCCCAGCCCAUAGAAGUGAGCCAAGGCCUUCAUGAUGGUUUCCAGGAAUCUAGCAACUCAGUCAUCCCGUGUCUGCUCCUAAUGUGGCUUCUAGGACCCUCAGCAGAGGCUGAGGAGCCUCUGGAGAAGCCUGUUGGUAUGGUGCUGUCAGAUCACAUUGGCUGUGUGCUUGGAAAAGCAGUGGUAUCCAUGGUCCUGUGCCCACCUGCGUGAACAGGCGGUCACUCUCUUACUACUUUUUAUAUACUGUAAGUUUGGAAGAAUAAUCUGUGCAGCAGAGAAAUGUGAAUACGUUCCUACAUGCGUUUGUGGAGGGUGAACUGAAUGCAUUUUAAGGUCCUUUUCUAUGUGCUUUAUGGAACAGGUAGUUUUAAUAAAGUUUUUUGUAGGAGUUAUACCUACGCUA